UUCUAAACACAGACAGACAGACAUUUCGUUGAAGACAGUCCAGGAUAGAAAAUGUGGUGACUGUAACUGAAUCUGGAGACAGACAAACGGAUUGGACAUGCCCAGGUUGUUCUACCAUGGACACAGAGAUGAUACCAAAAUUUACUUCAAAAGACGAGGAGAUUGACUACUGGAAGGCCUUAUCCCUCACGUAUAAGAAAAGUUACCAUGAGGCCCAGGAGGAGUUGCUGGAGUUCCAGGAAGGGAGCAGAGAGCUGGAGGCAGAGUUAGAGGCUCAGCUAGGACAGGCUGAACACCGCCUCAGAGACCUGCACACAGAGAACCAAAGACUGAAGAGCGAGUUGGACAACCUCAAGGAGAAAUUGGAGCAGCAGUAUGCUCAGAGUUAUAAGCAGGUCUCCAUGUUAGAGGAUGACCUGGGACAGACCAGAGGAAUCAAGGAGCACCUUCAUAAAUACGUCAGAGAACUGGAGCAGGCCAACGAUGACCUGGAGAGAGCCAAGAGGGCGACCAUUGUAUCUCUGGAGGACUUUGAGGGUCGUCUGAACCAGGCCAUAGAGAGGAAUGCCUUCCUGGAGGGUGAGCUGGACGAGAAGGAGAACCUACUGGAGUCAGUUCAGAGACUGAAGGAUGAAGCCAGAGACCUGAGACAGGAGAUGGCAGUGAGGGAGAGGACUACAGACAGGUUGUCAGCCCCCAGCUCUCCUACCCUGGACAUCGACAAGAUGGACUCUGCUGUCCAGGCCUCCCUGUCCCUGCCUGCCACCCCUGUAGGGAAGGGAAUGGAACAACCCUUCCUCAACCCUAAAUCAUCAGUGUUAACAAAUGGCUGUGGGCAUGGUAGCUCACCUCUGACCCCAUCAGCAAGAAUCUCUGCUCUUAAUAUCGUUGGGGACCUACUUAGAAAAGUGGGGGCGCUGGAGUCCAAGCUAGCUGCAUGUAGGAACUUUGCCAAGGACCAGGCAGUGAGGAAAACCUACUCCACGUCAUCCACCAACAUGAUCACUGGGAACGGAAACCUCAUCAACAGUAACGCCACCAAGUUCUCCCACUCACUACACACCACCUACUACGACAAAACGGCUGUGAAUGGACUGGACCACAGCACCCUGACUGCCCUGGCAUCGCCCCGGACUGUCUCCCCUCCUGGCAUGCUGCCUCUCACCGUUUAGCGUGGCACCACCCCCAACCUCUGUACAAGCUCACCACAGAACAAGGGUACCCCUCAUACUCCACCCCAACCUCACCCCAAUCUCUGCCCAAGCUCCUGUGCGCCCCGCAGAACAAUGAGAGGAGAGAACACUUGAAGAACCGUUAGUGUGUGUGUGUGUUCGAAAGCUCGUAUGUGUUUUAAGAGUUGAUUUGUGAGUGUGUGUAGGAGAGACACUUGACUGAGUGAUUGAAAAGGCCUCACUCACCUAUGGGUAGGGUUGGAUGCUGAGUGUGUCUGUAUUUAACACACACAUGCACAUGCCUCUGCCUGAGCUGGUCUUUGCUCAUGUGUUGGUGACCUCUAUGCUCUGGAGUGGCUCCACAGUUUCUCAGUUUCACUCUAUAACAGCAACUGUACCUGACAAGGUCCCCAACGGACCGCAGCUUCCUUCCUCUUAACCUUUCUUUUCUUGUCUGAAUGAAUUGCACAAUUACAAAUAAUUUAUAUUUAGAAUGUUGUAUUUAAAAAUGAAAAGGGACUUUUCCUGUUUGUUUGUGUUUAUGUUAUGGGGUCAGAUGGAGUUGAUGACCCUUAACCCCCAUAUCCAGAAGAAUGACUGAAUUCAUGUUUACUGUGUUCAGGCUGUGAUCAGAACCAUGUUCUCUUAUCGGGCUGCAUCUCAAUAGUCCAGUUAGUAGCAUCCUCUCCUCAUCUCAAUAGUCCAGUUAGAAUAGGAGAGAAUGAGAGAACAGGACCGGUGAAAGCAAUAUGGAUGAUCUCUAUCUCUACCAGAAAUUAGCUUUCACUUGUUCAAUUUCCUUCCCAUCAGUGCAGAUGAGAGAAAGGAGAGAAAAUGACUUUAUAGUAUUGAGAUGCACCCCCAUGUCCCUAUUGUCCUGGGUUUGGGCUGACCAGACAGAACCGACCGGUCAGCUGGUGGACCGUCUGUAGUCUGGUAGGGAGGGAGGACCCUCCAUGUUAAACAGCCUGGAAGCAUCAGCUGCUGUCCUCUUCAUUAAUGAAUAAUACAGUUAGGUCCGCUUCACCACAUAGACUGCAAUGUCCUAAUGGCACCCUAUUCACUAUAUAGUGCACUCCUUUUGACCAGGGACCAUGGGGCUCUAGUCAAAAGUAGUGCACUACAUAGGGAAUAGGGUGCCAUUUGGGACCCAGACUGCAAAGUCCUUACUUAUUUAUAUAAGCCUUGGAUGGAAGGCCAGUGAUGUUCAGGGAAAGACUUGCUUUCUGUAUUUACAUGUGGUUGGUACCAUGUUUAAUUAAAUGCAUCCCCUUCCCCUAUUCUGAUGCGUAACUAGUAUCAGACAGAACUGUUGCUUAUAGAAACAAAGAAGUCAACCCUGAGCACAGCAGUGCGUCAGACAAAAGCGUUACUUAUUCACAUUGAUAUAUAAACUGUACUGUGCACCUGCUGGUGGUCGAGUCUUAUCCAGCUAACAUCCUGUCUACCAUAACCUGCAGAACAGAAUAUCCAGCAACAAUAACCCAGCAGUCCAAGCAUCUAACAGGUAUAGGGUGAAGUUGCCUUAGAUGCUGACCCAGGGUCCGUUUUUCAUUUACCUCACUAAUGGUUAAGGUUAGGAUUGGGGGAGGGGAAGCUGAUCUUAGAUCUGUACCUAGGGGAGACCUCACCCCGGAGCUAUCUAACAGUGGGUCACGCUCAUCCCUUUUUCUAGACUAGAUACUAGCCUGGUUAAACCAGACUGAAUGCUGUGUUCACCAUGAGGUGAGCGCUCAGUCUAGUUUUAACCAGGCUAUAAAUGCUUUUUCUAGACUAGAUACUAGCCUGGUUAAACCAGACUGAAUGCUGUGUUCACCAUGAGGAGAGCGCUCAGUCUAGUUUUAACCAGGCUAUAAAUGCUUUUUCUAGACUAGAUACUAGCCUGGUUAAACCAGACUGAAUGCUGUGUUCACCAUGAGGGGAGCGCUCAGUCUAGUUUUAACCAGGCUAUAAAUGCUUUUUCUAGACUAGAUACUAGCCUGGUUAAACCAGACUGAAUGCUGUGUUCACCAUGAGGGGAGCGCUCAGUCUAGUUUUAAUCAGGCUAUAAAUGCUAAUCUUUUGACUGAUAUGUAAAUUGCUAUUGGUCCACUAAUUGUGACCAUUUUGUCACGUUGGCUCCUGACCUGUCGAUGAAACGUUUGUAAUAGUGUGUGAACCUCCUCAUCUCAGAAUGACAUGCCUCUUCCUCGUUCUCUUGUUGAUAUUCACUGUUUUGAUUUAUUUUACAUCCCCAUUCUGCCUGUGUCUGUCUGUCUGCCUGUGUCUGUCUGUCUGCCUUUCUUUAUCUGGGAUUAAUAGUGCUCCCUCCUAUCACAGCCUUAAAUGAAAAGCCUUAAGGCCAGUUUCCCGGACACAGAUUAAAGCUGCAAUAUGUAGCUUUUUGGGUGAUUUGACCAAAUUCACAUAGAAAUGUUAUAGAUCUGUUAUUUUCAUUGAAAGCAAGUCUAAGAAGGUUAUUUUUCUAUGCUUCCCGUUUUUAUAGUUUUGUUUUU